UUGGGCUCCCACAACUUCUCACAUUCCUUGGCCGUCCUCGAACCUCCCCUCGCUUUCUCUUUUCACCAAAUAAUCAACCACCAUGGCAUCCUCAACAGCCUCCUUCUCCAACUUCUCCACCGCACCCACUCUUGCCUCAAACCCGCCACCCGCAAAGCCAUCCCUCAACCCCGACGAGCCCCCCGCCUUCAUCUUCCCGCCUCAUUACUCCUUCCCUCCCUUCUUCACCCUCCAGCCAGUCCUCAGCACACGAACAUCGCAACUCGCAUCCUGGUCCACCCUAAUCCAAUCCUACUGCCGACACCACCGGCUCUUCACCCUCUCGCUCAUCGACGCGCUUUCCACUCCCCUAUUCACCAACAGUCGUAUAGAUCGGAAACUCAGCUUAAGGGAUGCGUGGGCAAUAGUAUCAUGGAUGGCGAGCGCAGAGGGCGGGAAUCGCGCGGAGUGGAUAUCAAGCACCACCUCCACUACCAGCAAGAAAGCUAACGCGGGUGUGGGGGAAGGGGAGGACGGAGGCGGCGGGAAAUGUUACGUCUACUGGCGACGCCCGGAAGAAUGGGCGGCGGUGCUGGAAGAAUGGGUGGAGCGGACGGGACAGCGGGGGACUGUGUUGACGUUGUACGAGAUCUCGGAUAGUGAUGCGACGAGAAGGGAGGAGUUUUAUGGUAUAGAGGCCGGGUUGCUAGCGAGAAGUUUGGGGGUUUGUGUUAAGAGAGGGAAGGCGCAGAUUUUUGGUGCAGAGGGGAGUGAGGGGGUAAAGUUUUUUUAGUGGGAAUGGUGGUGUGAGGGAAAACGAUGUGUAUGAAUCUGGUGUAAUGGAAGGGAUGGAUGAUACCCCGAGGUGCGAUGUACUUACUGAACGUGGAUCAUGACAGGGGAGCAAUUUAGGACAGAGACAUGUAUUCUGUUUGCUCCCUCUCUACUUCCAGUGAGAGCUUUAACUAAGA